AUGACUCUCCGUGAAAGAUUAGAAAGAAGUCGUCCGAGUCGAGCAGGGAGUCGUGAACAGAAGAGUCGAGAGCAGAAGACAGCAAAAAAAAAGAAAAAGGGAGAACGCAAGAAAAUGAAUCCAGAUGACACUAUCAAGAACGGUCCAUUCACCUGGAAGGUUGUCACUCUUCUCGGAAGUGGCGGGUUCGGUGACGUCUACAAAGUGUACGAUGAGAAGAACAAAUCCAAGCAAUACGCUCUGAAAACAGAAAGUGAGGAUGGGAAGAAAACGAUGCUUCGGUUGAAAGUGGAAGUGAGAAUUAUGAUGGCAAUCACUGCGGCAAGGAAGGCAAAUCAUGGCAAUGGAAACAAACACUUUGUGGAGUUUGUGGAUCGUGGGAAAAGUGAUGAUUUGAGCUGCAAAUUUGUUGUGAUGAGUCUGGUUGGCCCGUCGUUGGAUGAUUGUCGAAGGAAGUAUGGAGUUUGUUUGAAUGAUAGAAGUACUCCGUAUAAUAUUGCAAUACAGAGUUUGGAGGCUGUCCGUGACCUUCAUGCUCUUGGUUACCUCCAUCGUGACAUCAAACCAGCUAACUUCGCCGUCGGAUUUGGACCCACCGAGCCAACUGUUUUCAUGCUGGAUUUCGGAAUUGGGCGUAGUUUUCUGGACCCGACUACCAAGCAGCAUAGAGCUCCUCGGAAGUCGGUGAAAUUCCUCGGAACCCUCCGAUAUGCAUCGAGAGCUUGUAUGAAAGGAAUAGAUCAGGGUAGGAAAGAUGACGUGGAAUGUUGGAUCUAUAUGGUCUUUGACAUUUUCGAUCCGGAAGAUGGGAUUGUUUGGAAGUGUGUAUCUGGAAGAGAUAAGAUUACUCGUGUCAAGGAUGACUUUUUUGCUGGAAAGAUCAAAGAAGCCUACAAAGGAGUUCCGCUGAAUAUGAAGACUAUAGUAUCGUACGUGGAGAGUCUUCGAUUUCAAUCUGCUCCCGACUAUCCGUUCAUGAUCAAUUUCCUCUACACAAUGUCAAACAAUGCAGGAUUCCCAAUUAACAACAUAAACACUGGAGCAUGGGUUGGCAACUUGAAGAACAAGAAAGGAUCGGGAAGGUCGUCUGGAUCGAGGUCGGAUAAACUGUCCGGUUCCUCGGACGGCGACUAA